AUGGAGAAGAAAAGCACAGCAUGGAAUCUAGACUUCAGUAAAAUAGAUGACAGCAACAUUUCUAAAACAGGCCCAUUCCAUGGAAAGAUGACAAAUGAUACAUGCAUUAUUUUCAUUUGCAACAACCAUCCUAAGCUGGAGUGGUACUGCUAUUUGCUGAUUCUGGUUAGCCUUCUCACUUUGAUAGUGGGAUUUCUAGGCAACAUACUUGCCCUUCGACAUUAUGUGUACUGCGUGAAGACCUGGAAUACUAACAGCAUAUUUCUAUUUAAUUUGGCAUUGUGUGACCUCACUUGGAUUCUUAUGGCACCUUUUUCAGUAUAUCAUAGUCUCCAGAAGUCAGAAAACUAUAUCAAUCAAACAUUUUUUUACAUCAUAAGACUAUUUUUUAGCAUUAAUAUAUAUGGAAGUGUCUACUUCUUAACACUCAUCAGUUUUGAUAGAUACUUAGGUGCUGUCCAUCCUAUCUCUUCAUUAACAUGGUGGAACAAAGGAAAGGCCAUGUUUUGUACUGCUGCUGUAUGGAUCUUCAUAGUUCUUGCAUCAGUGCCAGAGAUCUUCUGCACAAUUAAAGCUGGAAGACAGCACAACAACACAAGUUCCCAAGAUGACAUUGGAAAAUCCUUACAAUUCGAAGUGCCAUUCAUACUCUCCAAGAUUGUAUUGAGGUUUCUAAUCCCAGUCACAGUCAUCUUUACAUGCUAUAUGUUGACUCUCAAAGCACUACUACAACUCUGUAAACGUCAGCAAAGAAGAAAUAGAAUUAUUAGGCCUCUUUUACUGAUUUCAGCUGCUAUGAUUGUAUUUGCUGUGUCUUUCACACCGUAUCACAUUACAAUGAUGGUGAUGAUAAUUUACAAAAACUGUUAUCAACCAUCCUCUGAGAGCAUAAGUAGAUUAAUGGUAGUUUUUCAAAUCACAGAGAUCAUCUGCAGCAUCAACAGUUGCCUUGAUCCAAUCAUUUUUACAGUAGCAAAUAAAACAUUCUAUCAAAAAAUAAAAAAUAUAAAAUGUCAUCCCAAAUGCCAAUGCUGCUGCUGCUGUCUAACACACAGGGCAAGGGACAUCACUGUAUCCCCAAGAACAGUGACUUAA